AUGUCAUCCGGAUACGGUCUUCAUGGCGGUCCGGGCCGGUGCUUCCCCUUCUGGCAAGAAGUUCUAGCUUGCUACGUUGUCAACACUUCGGCGGAAGAUGACUCAGGGAAAAAGAAGUGCGCGCCCGCUCUAGAGGACUACUACGAGUGCUUACAUCACAAGAAAGAGGCCACGAGAGUAAGAGCAUUGCAAGCUGCAUAUCGAAAGGCAGAAGCAUCGUCAGCACGAGAGAAUGCGCCAAGUGCUGGCCAAAUAAGGAAUCUGGGCUUGUUGGGCAAGGAGGAGGAUACGAAACAGGUCCUUGGUGGAUGA